AUGACUGUCCCAGGCCUCUCUCUCCCUUGCCCUUCCCUCCCGUGUCCCUCUGUCCCGUGCCCGUUUGUCCCGUACCCCUCUAUCCCAUCCAUGCCCUUCUGUCCCAUACCCCACUAUCCCGUGCCCCUGUGCGCCAUGCGCAGGUGUGACCUGGUGUCCCUGGGUCAUGCCUCCACUCCGUUUACAUCACUCCUCUUUGAGUCACAGCACCCUCUUCCGCUUGCUGCAUUCCAGCACAUCGUGGCCACCAGACUGCGAGGCAGAGGCGCCAGCAGCAACAAGAACCCCAGUGGCACCGCCUCCAGCAGCACCACCAGUGGGUGUGCUCCAGUGAAGGGUUUGCUUCGAGCCAAGGGCUUCCUCUAUUUCAAAGAGCUACGCCAUCUGCGGUUUGUGUUCCAGCUGAGUGGCAGCAGCCGCUGCUCCUGCACUGCCAUCGACACCUGGGACUGCCCACCCUCCUGCCGCCUCGUGCUCAUCGGCCAGGACGCUGCUGAGCUGGCAGGCCUGGUGUCUGAGCUGGAAUCACUCGCAGAGGAUCACAAGACGGAUGAUGGGGGGGAGGGUUGGGGGGAUGGGGUUUUAGAUGUGGUUUGUGAAACAGGCUCGAGGAACGUGGCUGCGGAGGUGGUAUGUGGGAAAGGCUCGGCUGCUGCUGAGGCAGCGAGGCUUGUGGAAAUGCUGACAGCAGAUGAGAGAUUUGAGCUCCGCACGUCAAACAGAGGGGGAAAGUUAACAGCUGAGAUACGGGGAAGAACGUGCAGUACUUCACUUGUGGAGUUUGGAAUGAAGAGCAUCCCACUCAAGGGCAUCCAUCAGAACGCGCUGAAUGCAUCAUUGCUGGCGUACAUGAACAAUCAAGCUACACAACCCGUAUUCGUCUGCUCGACUCUCCCAACUCUCAACGCUGGCCCUCUGAUUCUGGGGAUGCGAGCGUCGUCCGAGGUGGAGAUGCUCUUUGACCUGCUCUCGAUUGCAGCCAGGCGGAGCUUGUCUCAGGCUCUCAAGAACGUCUCCUCAUGCAGGUGCGACGUGGUACAUGACAUGGUAAACACGAAAUGA